CAGUUGUGGCUGGGAGUGGAGAGAGGCCUUCUACAGGAGAUUAGACAGUGUCUCUGUAGUGAAGGACUUCUCCAUAUGUCUCCAAGGUGGAUCCCGAUGAAAAGAGACAGUCCAUGGCUCUGAAUCCUUUAUUGCCAUGGAGGAAGGUGGAUGUGUAAAACCAUACUACACUGGGCCUGAGAUUAAAUACCUUUUACAGAGAGGAGGUCUGGGACGGAAAGUUUAUUGGCUAAGCCCUCCAGGCCUCCAUUUACUUCACUAGCAUGGAGAUCUAUCCUGAGCCUACAGACCACAGGUCAUGUCCUUUUCUACAUGGGGUCUUGCUAAAUUGCCCUUACAUGUCUAUUGGCCAUAAAUCUAUGGGGGAGGGAUUGUGGUUUGUGACAGGGACCUGGUGCCUGGGAGCAGGCGAAGCUACUACUGUCCCUGCAUGGUCUCCGGGGAUUCUAGCCUUAGUUCAACUGAGGACCAUGCUACUUCUCACAGUCCACUGCCCAACAUAGCUCAAAUGAAGCCUUUCCUUUCUUAAGUUACUUUGGACCUUGGGUUUCAUUACAUCAACAGAGAAAUUAAACUAGAGCCCUUUUGAAAAUGGCAACUCCGAGGUGAAAAUGUGCUAGCAUACUGCUCUCAACUUGCACUUCCUCUCAGACUCCUGUUUGUGGGCUCCACCCCAAUUUGAGAAAAGGAAACUAGAACCUAGAAACUUACAGAGGCACUUCAAGAAGUGCAGGUACCCAGCCAUGGCCCAAGAGGAACCUGGGGGCUCCAACUCAGUCCUGAAUGGUGACGCUAAUAGUGACAAAAAGAUGGAGAAGUGGACAUGUGCCCUCUGCCCUGAAGGCCAUGACUGGAGUGUGAUUUACUUCGAACCAUCAUCGAAUAUAGCAGCUCAUGAAAACUGUCUGCUGUAUUCAUCAGGACUGGUGGAGUGUGGUCCUCAUGAUCCACGUAAUCCAGCCAGAAGCUUUGCUGUCAAAUCAGUGAAGAAAGAGAUCUGGAGAGGGAGAAGAUUGAAAUGCUCAUUUUGUAAUAACAAGGGAGCCACCGUGGGAUGUGAUUUACAGUCUUGUCCCAAGAAUUACCACUUACACUGUGCCAAGGAGGACCGCGCAAUUCUACAAGUUGAUGAGGAUUAUGGAACUUACAAAUUAUUUUGCCAACGACAUGCUCCAGGGGGUCAAGAACCCACACAAGUUGAUGCAGCUGUCAAAGCUUCUUUUCUUAAGAAAUGCCUGGAAGCAGGACUUCUUACUGAAUUAUUUGAACAGAUACAACAAAAAAUGAUUUCAAUUCAUGGAAGAUUCAUGGAUGAUACUGCUUCAGAGUCAGCAAUCAAGAGCAAAGCUUGUGAAUGUGAAGAAAGGCUGAACCAGAUGAAGCAGCAGCUUGAGUUACUUGCAGAUUUACAACAAAACCUGCGCUCAUUUCAAGAAUGUGGGGUCCUGGAUCCCUCAGGCUCUACUUCAGGGUCCUUGCUACCUCCUGAGGACCACCAGUGCAGAUGCCAGGAGUCUCCUGAAGUGCAAGCAGGCUCAGGAGACAGCCUGUGACAGAUCCAGUCCCCUCCAGCUCUGACCUGCUACUGCUCAGCCAGGCUCCAUACCUGACAGGUUGUUUCUUGGCUCCUCUCUUGUCAUCUCACUUGUCCUGCCUUCUCCUGACAGUAACAGCUGUUCCUCCAGUCAACUGGAUCAGGCCCCCAUGUCCUCUAAGGAGCAGGAAGUCCUCCUACCUACCCUACCCACCCUAGUCAGGGGCAGCCACACCACAGCCUUUGCUCAUCCUUUUGUGGAAUCUUAGAGCUUUCUUCUUGCUUCUGCUACUCCUGCAGUAGGUCUGUGUCAUCAUGGUCUCCUCUCAGUAUUAGUGACUUCAUCAGAAUGGAGCAGAGCCUCACUCCUGUGCAUAGCUCGCUGGUACCCUGGGUUUCUGCUCACUACCACCUUCCCAACAUUGAGCACACUUAAUAAAUGCUUGACAAAA